CGGCGUUGGCCAAGCGCGUACUAAGCAUCGCUAAGUGCUACGAAGCGGACUGGCGAAUACGUUUUACCAGGCGGCCUGUCGUGGGCCGUGAACGGAACCCGGAAACUGUUGCUAAUCUUGUCUACAGACGAGCGAAGUCAAGGAAAUCUCGGACGGGGCCUCCCCGGCCGUAGCACGGAUGAGCGGCCUCCUUUCACGUCGUCGCCGUCAUCUGCGACGUCCUCUCUCACACAUCAUCCCUAUGUUCGAGCCAUGAAGACGUCUUUCCGAUCCCAAGCAUACAAGAUCUCUACUAGGAUCGCUGCCGUCAUUGGGAUCGCAGGAGCGGUGGCAUGCUUCGCCUUAGUCGCGAUGGGAGGUGACUAUCCAGAAUACAAGCAUGGAACAUCCAUUGUCGCACCGCACGCGGGUGAGACGUGGCAGGUCGGAGAGUUACAUACUGUACAAUGGACUUUGGACGGCGUUCGGGUCACGGAUGACAAAGGGGAGAACAUCACGGCGGUAUUCAUGCUAUCGUAUUCUGGCGGAGGCACGGAUGGACAUGUACUUCUCGGUGAAAUCUCGGACUGGUUCCCUAUCUCAGACAGAUUCGCCAACAUCAUGGUACCCUCCGUACCCACGAGAGACGACUAUACACUUUAUCUGUUCUCUCGUGAGGACCGCGAUAUUUCCAGCUGGAGUGGUCCCAUCACUAUCUUCAAUCCGGACAACGUCGAUGGUUCAGAUGAGCCCCCAAGCUCUCUCGUCGUCACUACGGCCCCGCCUGUUUCCGUCACCAAAUCCCUUACCUCGACGUUCUUGGAGAGCUCGUCGACGUCUAAUUCUGCACUCCUUACGCUGCCAACCGCCGACGUUGGUAGCUUGACGUCUGCCUUGUCCCUGUCCUUGUCUCUACCCUUGUCCCUGCCUAUCUCAUCGACAAACACAACUGCUUCGAACUCCGCAACUUCUGUCGUUACUCUCACGUCCUCUUCAUCUGUAUCAAGCGUGUUCCCUACCACAGCGCUUUCUUCCUCGAGUUCCGUUGUUGUGCAACCACAUCCAACGACGGAUACUGAACAGCCCGGGCAGACCGCGCCCUCCGCGGCGGAUCGUAUGAAACGCGAGCGAAGACGUUGAUGGCGUAGGUAUAGACAGUCCCUUUAGAAUCUCAUGGAUCUAUUGGAUUGUCUCCUUCCCUCUACGACCAUGAUCUUCGCGUUUUCGGACGGAGAUUACUUCUGUAGCAUACAACCACGCUGGAUCCCUUAGAUGUGUUACGGACUCCGGAUUAGACAUACUCUCGUACCUGCUUGAUUGCAUAAUGCGUCCUAUGCUGCAGAUCAGUUACAGUCUCACGCCUACCCUAGCCACUCGUUCCGAUCUUCGAACCCCGCACUUGAAGUCCACGAUGUCAGAAACCUGCCUAACCUUGAGGUUUCUGGCCGCAGGCGGACAGUCAAU